AUGACGACUCUGCCUAAGAGAAUAAUCAAGGAAACUGAAAGACUUGUUAGCGACCCCGUUCCAGGUAUCUCCGCAGAGCCACACGAGGAUAACCUCCGCUACUUCGACGUGUCUAUCGAAGGCCCCCAGCAGAGUGCCUAUGAAAAUGGAGUUUUUAGAUUAGAACUAUUUCUUCCCGAUGAGUACCCAAUGGAGCCCCCCAAGGUUCGUUUCCUCACCAAAAUCUACCACCCAAAUAUUGAUAGAUUAGGCCGCAUCUGUCUAGACGUUUUAAAGACGAACUGGUCCCCAGCUUUACAAAUAAGAACCGUUCUCCUAUCUAUCCAAGCACUGCUCGCAACGCCAAACCCAAACGACCCGCUAGCAAACGACGUGGCUGAGGACUGGAUAGCUGAUGAAGAUGCUGCCAUUGCCAAAGCAAAACAUUGGACCGCCCUAUAUGCCUGUCGCCCUCCCCCACCAUCCCCCACCGGCCCCAGCGAAACAAACAACUGA